CCCGGACACCCGGCCAUUGUCGUAGCAUCUGUUUUUGCCACGAGUCCAGUGGUCGGCAUCGAGCUAUGGGGAAGGAGGCAUUGACCGAGGCUCAGGUCACUGAGCUCAAGGGAGCUUUCGAGCUAUUCGAGAAGGAUAAGGAUGGGACUAUUUCGACGGAGGAGCUAGGUGAGGUGAUGAAGAAGCUGGGAACCACUGUGUCCGAAGAGGAGGUCAAGAUGCUGAUUGCUGAUGUGGAUGCGGGCCACAGCGGGAAGAUCGAGUUCGACGAGUUCCUGGAAGUUAUGGCUGGAAAGUUGAGUCAGGCAGCGGUCCUCGAGCAGGAGGAGUUGAUGCAAGCCUUCAAGUUGUUCGAUGAGAAUGGCGAUGGCAAAAUCUCGUUGACGGAGCUCAGAAAGGUCAUGGAGAAUCUCGGAGAGAAAGUGAAGACGGAAGACCUCGAAGAGAUGAUUCAACAGGCCGAUGUAGAUGGCGAUGGCCAAGUCAAUUACACUGAGUUUGCCAAGAUUAUGGCUUCUCACUAAAAGUACCGCCUCUCGUUCUCUCCCUAUUUCCCUCUCUCUCUCUCCCCCUCUCCCUCUCCCUCUCCUUCUCCCUCUCCCUCUCCCUCCCUCUCUACCCACCUUCCUCCGGAUACUCCUUUUGGAAAAAAAAUGCAUGGUUUGGUUGCUAGCUUUACGCUGAUUACAAACUAGCUACCGUAGUGAGCCUGAGUUAAAAGACUCAGUUUGUUAAUAUAAUAUAGACUGGCAAUUACAGUGAGUUGGCCAAGGCCAGA